AUGUUGUCCAAAGUCUCCUGUUUGAUCCUGCCUUUGAUAGGCGUUCAAGCUGGUUUCGGCGAGGGAAAUGUGCGUAUGCACAUUACUACCAAGAAGUACUGUAAUCUCGGCCUCGUCGACGCCAAUGGCAACCCGGCUCCGUGCGGUGUCUCAUUGGCUGAAGGAACCUCCGGGCUCACCUUGCCUGGUAUGGAGAAUGGUGUUCAUACUACCAGGGAGGAUGUGAUCAUCGCUAAAGACGGCCAAUUGUCGGUUCAAGCCUCUCCUGCCCUUCCCUACACCUUCCUUAUGUCGAUCAAAUCCCCCGACCACCAAGUUGUCAAGAAGCUCUUCAACCGCCAAUCUUCCAUUGUAUCCAUUGUAGAAGCGGCUGAGGACACCCUCGAGGAGACUACCAUUG